AUGCACAAACAUAAUACAAGUGAGGCAGAUGCCAAGGAAAAGUGCAAUAAGAAAAGACUCUUUGAAAACAUUCAGGUCCAUGCAGACAUCAACUAUGAUAGAGAACUCCGAAUCCUCCACACCCACAUCUCAGACACCUCCGUAGUGGUAAAGAUGGACAAUAGCCGAGACCUCAAUAUGGAUUGUGUCAUUGCUGAGAUCAAGGCUCAGUAUGAUGACAUUGCCAGCCGCAGCCGGGCUGAGGCUGAGUCCUGGUACCGCAGUAAGUGUGAAGAGAUGAAGGCUACAGUGAUCCGCCAUGGGGAGAGUCUGCGUAGGACCAAGGAGGAAAUCAAUGAGCUAAACCGCAUGAUCCAGAGGCUGACCGCCGAGGUGGAGAAUGUCAAGUGCCAGAAUUCCAAGCUGGAGGCUGCUGUGUCCCAAUCUGAGCAGCAAGGUGAGGCUGCCCUUAAUGAUGCCCGCUGCAAGCUGACUGAGCUGGAGUGUGCCCUGCAGAAAGCCAAGCAGGACAUGGCAUGUCUACUGAAGGAGUACCAGGAGGUCAUGAACUCCAAGCUGGGGCUGGACAUUGAAAUUGCCACUUACAAACGGCUGCUAGAGGGUGAAGAAUACAGGCUAUGUGAAGGUGUUGGUGCUGUGAAUGUCUGCGUCAGCAGCUCAAGGGGGGGAGUGGUCUGCGGUGACCUCUGCACAUCUGGCUCCAGACCGGUGACGGGAAGUGUCUGCAGUGCUCCCUGCAGCGGGAAUCUGGUGGUGAGCACUGGAGGACCCUGCGUGCCCUGUGGCCCCUGCAGCUCCGUGGCGUCCUGCGGCCUGGGCUCAGGGGGUGUCGGAUCCUGCGCUAUCAGCUCCUGCGGGGUUGGCUCCUAUGCCAGCAGCUGCCGCAAGUGUUAG